AUGAGCGACGUUCGUCGUGAUUCAACCAGCUUUGGAGAUCCAAACGCUCAACCGCCGACCCCUCAACAGACUCCCACGUCUGCUUCAUUUGCCAGUCCCAUCUUCGAAACACCCCAGCAACCGCACGGUUCCUUCACCGACCUGGGUGGCUCGACACCUCGCUUCGCCGAAGAAUAUUCCGUCUUCAACGCUACUCCUGGAAAUCUCAGAGGCUCACAAUCCCAGUUCCCUGAUUUUGUUCCGCCCACGCCCGUCAAUUCCCAUAAGCGGCUGCUCUCUACUGAAGGCUUUGCCCUCGAGAUUGCGACCCAUGCCAACCACUUUUCGCCCAACCCAAACUUGCCACCUGUCGACCCUUCGAAACGACUCGCUUCCUCUCCGAGCCUGAAAAACCCAAAAGAUACCGCACGAGAGACCACUCCCAUCUCGACUCCCUCCCUCACCAAGGCUAGGUCUGCCAAAAAGCCUCGCCGAGGAACAAUUACCAAAGAUCCCGACUCCCAGAUCAUAUCUCCGCCACCCACCGUACACAAGGGAGAGCAGAAGCUCGCACCUAAUAAGCUCAUCAUGCAAUAUGAACAGUCUUUUCACCAACCUGACUUUACUGAGGCAACUCAUCCUCACGAUAUAACGACUCUCAUGGCCAACUCGGGCGACAUGUUUCACUAUCCGCUAUCAGCACCCGCUGCUGCUACCGCCAAUUUUUGGGAUCCCCAAGCAUCCAUGGGCAUGGAUCUUGAUUUCAAUACAGCUGCUCCAGGCAUGUUUCCUUCGCCAGGUACUGGUCACCGACAAACUGGCUCAUUCGAUUGGAACAAUAAUGUUCAGCUUUUUCAAGACCCAGGCAUGCUGCCACCGUCAUCUAACCAAGAAAAUGUCCAACCACAACAGAGUGUAAACCUGUCAAUGAACCAAUAUACUCAACAACUUGAUGAUCCAUUCGCCAUGAUGAACAACGGCGAAUUGGUUGAUCCUAAUUUGAUGAUGGGUCAAAAUGGCGCCAUGCCUGCCUUUGCCGCAGCUGAGCAGGCAAUACCCGCUCCUGGCGUCCCUGCCAGAAAGACGACCUCAAAGCCGAAACUCAAUCGCGCAGGAAACAAUAAGUCGACAAGCACAGCCAAAGUCCCGGAUCGCAAACUGGCCAGCUCACCCCUCAAGCAUCCUCGAAACGCACUACAACCGCCCGCAGGUGAUUCCCAAGGCCGUGGAAAGUUGAUAAGGAGCAACACAUUGCCGACGCUGGCUCCCGCAGCUCGAUCCAUGGCACAAGUUGCUGGUGGCUCUGCUGAUGGUGGCCGCCCAAUGGCCCGACCCAGUGGAAGAAUAUCGCCCGCGAAAAACCAACGACGACUAUCCUCCUUGGCGUCGAUACGGGAGACCUCUACGGCUGUUCAGCGUGCGCCUGUGCGAUUCACCAUAGAUGCUCGGGGCCGCGCAAGAGCAGAGACGACCAUGAUGGGACAGAGCAGCAUGACCCAAAGCCUCCCGAGAAGUAAAAGCAAUAGAGACCUGCCAUCUCGUUCAACCUGGGAUGCCUCUUCCGAUGACGAAUCUGAAGAUGAAGACCCCAUCAUCAUCCCUUCCCGCACAAACUCCUUUAGUGCCUCAUUUGCACUCCCCGACCCCCGAAAACCUGUCGGAUCCAUCUUCCACCGCCCCCGGCGCAGCACAAGUGACAGAAGUAGCAGUUCUGCCGGCGGAGAAAUUGGCCACCCGAAUGGUGAUGAGAGUGAAGCUGAAACUAUCCUCAACGAGCAGCGCGGUCGCGGCGGAGAUGCCGCUAGCGAACUCGUCAAGUUGGUCGAAAGUCGCCAGAAGCGUUUGAGCCAGCCCAAUAUGCCAGGGCGACUCCUCACCAAUCUUGGUGACUUUCGAAGUGAUACCGUUUCGCCGUCCAGUCUCGCCGAGUCUGGUUAUGGCACAGAUGCACAGGGUGUCCGCUGCGUUUGCAAACGAAGCGGAUCCAGUAAAAAUGCUUUCAUGGUACAAUGGUGUGUAAAUCAGCUGGACCUUGCCUGUUUCUAA